AUGGACUUCAAGGAGGGAGAUUGGUUGUGUCCCAGUUGCGGCGAUCAUCAGUUCGCGCGCAACGCCUCGUGCCGGAAGUGUGGCGCGCCGAAGGAUGAGGUCGCGCCGGCCACGACCUCGGGACGGCCCAUCAUGCGUGUGGCGUCCGGCCAGGACCUAGUCUUCAAGGACGACUGGAAUUGCCCCCAAUGUGGUGAUUUCCAGUUCGGCCGCAAUGCCUCCUGCCGGAAAUGCGGCGCUCCACGUCCUGCCCAUGCGGCCGGGGGGCAGCCCGCCGCCGCUCCGGUCGCUUCUGACUUUAAAGAGGGCGAUUGGAUUUGCGUCGACUGCGGCGAUCACCAGUUCGCGCGGAACACUAGCUGCCGCCGCUGUGGUGCCGCCCGGCCGGGCACGGCGGCGGUGCCCUCUGGCCACGUGGUCCCCCCGCGGGCGCAUUUGCAGCGGAACGCACCCACAGUCGUCGUAGCGGACAAUGCGGGGUUCGUCGAAGGCGACUGGAUGUGCGGCCCGGGCAGUUCGCUCGCAACGUCAGCUGUCGUCGCUGCGGCGCGGCCAAGCCCAGCGCCACUGGCCAGCUGCGGCAUGUGCCGCCGGUGA